GCGCCUGCGCAGGGCCGGCGCGGAGCAGGCGGGCAUGGCGUUCCGACAGGCGCUGCAGCUGGCGGCCUGCGGCCUCGCGGGAGGCUCGGCCGCCGUGCUCUUCUCGGCGGUGGCGGUGGGGAAGCCCCGCGCGGGCGGGGACGCGGAGCCGCGCGUGGUCGAGGCGCCGGCGUGGGCGGGGUCCGCGCGCCCCGGGCCGGGCGUCUGGGACCCCAACUGGGACAGGCGAGAACCACUGUCCCUGGUCAACCUGCGGAAGAGGAACCUGGACUCUGGAGAAGAAGAACUGGCGUCCAGGUUGGACCACUGCAAAGCCAAGGCCACACGACACAUCUUCCUCAUCAGGCACUCCCAGUACCACGUGGAUGCCUCCCUGGAAAAGGACCGCACUCUGACGCCCCUGGGUCGUGAACAGGCAGAACUAACCGGGCUCCGACUUGCAAGCCUGGGGUUGAAGUUUAAUAAAAUUGUCCAUUCGUCCAUGACCCGGGCGACAGAAACCACUGAUAUAAUCAGCAAACACCUGCCAGGAGUCUGCAAGGUCAGCACAGACCUGCUGAGAGAGGGCGCCCCCAUCGAGCCCGACCCUCCCGUGUCCCACUGGAAGCCGGAGGCUGUGCAGUAUUACGAAGACGGAGCCCGGAUCGAGGCCGCCUUCCGGAACUACAUCCACCGGGCAGAUGCUAAGCAGCAGGAGGACAGUUACGAGAUCUUCAUCUGCCACGCCAACGUCAUCCGCUACAUCGUGUGCCGGGCGCUGCAGUUCCCUCCAGAAGGCUGGCUCCGCCUGUCGCUCAACAAUGGCAGCAUCACCCACCUGGUGGUCCGGCCAGAUGGCCGAGUGGCGCUCAGGACCCUUGGGGACACGGGGUUCAUGCCUCCGGACAAGAUCUCCCGCUCCUGAGGGCUGCCCGGAGGCCCUGCUCUCCUCAGUCCCCCUGUGGCUCCCGCGGGUGCUGCCGAGGACACGGCUCCUUCCCCGUCUUCCCUGCGCAGGCUGCUUGGCGCUCUUGCUGCACUUCU